GUCAUCAACACACCAGAAUUAGGGUGGAAACGGCAAACGUUGGGGGGGAAAUAAGAGAACCAGGCUCCCGUUGACACUUGUUUUAGGGGCCGGUUUAAGACGAGUAAGUAACACGGUCGUUCGUGAGCAGGCUGUCACGAAGUUAACGCGACAGCGGGACUCGCAAACGGACUCAAAGUGCUGAGCUCCGCCGCUAUCUUCCACAGCUGGACCGUUAGCACGGGGGCUAACUGGCUGAUUCCCCGUGUCUCCACUUGACGGGACGGGAGAGAAAUGUCCUGCAGCCUGUUGGAGUUCUGUCGGCUCCAGGAGCUCAAGACGGUCCGGGACUACUUGUUCCUGAGCCAGAUACCCGAGCCAGCGGAGGAGAAGAAUCCAACAGAAAAUGAGUUGUCCUGGGACUCUUCGGACUGGGAGGCGACAUGGGAUGGUGGAGAAAACAAAGACGAGGGAGCCUCUUCUGCCACAACGGUGGAGGAGGAGACCACAGGGCAGAGGGCCCCUUGGCUGCAGGACUGUGUAGUGUCCCUGUCGCCCUGCUCCGACCUGCUGGUGGUGGCCCGCGAACAGAAGGCUGUCUUUCUCUCAGCUAAGUGGCGUACAGAUGACAGCGGCCGAGAGGAGAUGACCUUGGCUGUGUCUUGGACUGGAACCCUCAGCACUGACGAAGGAGAGUGUGUGAGCAGCUCCAUAUGUAUACCAUUAGCAAGCCAGAAGAGGAGCUCCACGGGGCGGCCCGAUUGGACAUGUGUAGUUGUGGGUUUCACUUCCGGCUAUGUCCGAUUCUACACAGAGAACGGGGUUCUCCUCCUGGCCCAGCUGCUGCACGAGGACCCCGUGUUGAGGCUCAAGUGUCGCACGUACGAGAUCCCCCGUCAUCCUGGAGUAACUGAGCAGCAUGAAGAGCUAAGUAUCCUCUACCCCGCCGCCCUGGUCACCAUCGACGGCUUCAGCCUCUUUCAAUCUCUGCGUGCCUGCCGGAACCAGGUGGCAAGAGCGACAGCAGCCGGUAGUGAUGUGAUCCAACCUCCUCCCCUGGCCUAUAAGAAGUGGGGUCUGCAGGACAUGGACACCAUUGUGGACCACAGUAGUGUUGGCGUCAUGACGCUCUGUGUGUUUGACCAGAUGAAGAAUGCGUCUAUCCUGGGGGGGUUUAAUGCGUCGGUCAAGGGCAGCCCCCCCGCCAUGAGCCGGUAUGUCACUGUGGGAGGUGGGCCAUACACAGGCUUUUUCUACGCUGUGGAGGGAAGCUCCCAGCCGCUCCUCUCUCACGUGGCCCUCGCCGUGGCCAGUAAACUCACCUCAGCCCUCAUCAGCGCUGCCAGUGGAUGGCUAGGUUGGAACAAGCACAAGAAUGAAGAGGAGGCGCUUCAGAAACAGAGGCCCAAGGUGGAGCCUGUCACGCCUUUGGGGAUCAGAUUUGGUCUCCCAGACUCCCGUCGUCACGGCGAGUCCAUCUGUCUGUCCCCCUGCAACACGCUCGCGGGUGUAACGGAUGACUUUGGUCGAGUCACACUGCUGGACUUGGCCCGGGGAAUUGCCGUCCGCAUGUGGAAAGGUUACCGGGAUGCUCAGCUGGGUUGGCUGCAGGUUCCGGAGGAGCGCGGCGAUCGGGAGUUCUCCCCCUCUGCCUCCCUUCCCCGACGCCACGCUUUGUUCCUGGUCAUCUACGCACCCCGCAGGGGGAUUUUGGAGGUGUGGGGGAUGCAGCAGGGGCCUCGAGUCGGAGCCUUCACUGUUGGCAAACACUGCAGGUUGCUGUACGCCGGCUACCGUCUGAUGGGGGUGAACAGCGUGACCAGUAAGGGCUGGCAGCUCCACACCCAGCAGGUGUGUCUGCUGGAUCCCACCACAGGAGCAUUGAGGACCGUGAACAUCCCCUUCCACCUGGCCCUCAGUGACAAGAAAAGCGAGCGCGCCAAGGACAUGCACCUGAUAAAAAGGCUGACGACGAUACUGAGGAGCAGGGAGGUGGAGCCUGACAUUUUGGAGAGCGAAGCCAAAAGUGUGCUGCUGGAUAUCAAACACCCCGCCAUCAAGAAGCAGGCUUUGGAGUCUCUGCUGUCAAACAAGAAUGCUCCUGUCUCCUGUCUGACCAGCGUCACAAGCGCCUUAAAUGAAACUCUGAAGCGGCAAGACCCGGAGGAGGUGGAUGAAGCGCUACUCCAGCUCUGCUCCUCACAGCUGAAAUUGCUUCAGCUCUACACCGACAUCCAGAACCUGCACUCUGGUGCAGACCGAGAGGCCCGCUCUGAGAAUGACUCCCUCGAAGGCAUAGAGGAUGAAUUGUCCCGCGUCGGCCCCACCUUGCAACGCUACGCCCAGCUCACCGCGAGACCCAGUGUUUCCUUCGCCCAGGACUCGCCCGACUCCCCCCUGCCGGCGCAAGCCUUUCUCUCCCAGAUGGAGUGCACCGACGACGGCGGGUUGACGGUCACCCGCGGCUCUGAAACUGAAUGGAAUCAUCUAGGGAGCUUUAUGUUCUGGGGGUGUCUGUGUGGAAAGAGCCCUCCCCAUAAAGUCUGUGACACCCUGCAGCAGGCCGGCAUCAGUCCACAGCAGCUGCUGUCUCUGUUGCUAAGUGUGUGGCUGCAAAGGGAGAAGGAGGUGCUCCAGAAGCCAGAAGAGGCUGUUAGAAAUCUGCACACGCUGCUCAUCGCCCUCAGCAACAUGGAAGGGGCAGUUGAGGAGUCGUGGGACCCCCAGUCUAUCUCUCCCUGGUGGCAGCAAGUCCGCUGCAUGUGCAUCCAGUCCCACAAUGCCGCGGCCGCUCUGCUGGCCGCCUUCGUUGCUCACCGCGCUGCCAAGGCGAGCACCACGAGCCGAGCUGACAGCAAGUUGCAGUCGGAGUGGGAGGCUGUGUCGCUCGAGCUGGAGCAGUGGGUGGUGUGCGUUCGCCAGCUGGAGGACGUGCUGGUGCUGCAGACCCUGCUGUUGGUGCCUCCUCCUCAGGGAGCAGCAGGGGGCGCCGCACCACAGUGCUCCAUCAAAACGCUGCUCGAGGGAGGCACAGGGGGCAUCGCCGACAGUGUCUCCAAGUGGGUGUUCAGACACAACUUGGCCCCCGAGCGACUGAAGGAAAUUCUCCAAAAGAGAGAAGACAAAGAGGCGGGUGACCAACUGGAGCAGAGGGCUGGAGGAGAAGGAAAUGAGCAGGAGGAGGAGGAGAGCCCAGAGGACACCGACAGGACAGCAGAGCUGUUGGUGGCAGUGUGCCAGCGGUUCCCACACUCCCUCUCACCCGACUUGCUCUUCGCCCACUGCUGCUGGGAAUAUGUAGUGCAGUGGAACAAAGACCCCGAGGAGGGCCGAUACUUCUGGUUGGCUAUUGAACACUUGAAGCUAGUCUCCAGUCCACAUAUCCAACUAGGUAUUUCUGCGAUGAUGUGGAGUACGUUCAUCGUCAAGCGUUUCUCAGCAGCAGCCUUCCUAACGGAGAAGGUGGGGAAGGCACCCAAAGAUCGCUUGUGUCGACGGGAUGUCGGGAUGGGAGACAAAGCCGUGACGUCGUUCCUGGGCUGCUGUGUUCAGCUGCUGCAAAUCCUCAUGGAGGCGGACUCGGCGGUGGAGGACGUUGCCCCUCCGGAGCUGUCUGCGGAGGAGGCGUGGUGCGGGGCCGAGGGCCCCGCGUCGCUGGCUGAGCUCGCCCUGGAGCAGAGGGGCGUCCACUACCCGCUGGUGCAACACCACUGCCUGUUGGCCUCCCUGCUACAUGCUGCUAUGACCUUCAGUCUGAAGGUCAAACCACUCAGUCUGUUUGACAGCAAGGGUAAGAAUGCUUUCUUCAGAGAUCUGAUGACCAUCCAGUUAAUGCCCAGUGGAGACAUGGACCCGGGCCUGGUCUCGAUGCGACAAGAGUUCCUCCUGCGGGUGCUGACCGGCUGGGUUCAGGCUUUAGUGGAUCCUUCCAGCUCAGCCCCUCCGCCUUCUUCUGGUGGCCCCAAGGCCGACUGGUGGCCCUCGCUGUGUCUGGAGCUCGGCUCCCUGCUGCAGGUCAACCCCGACAUCCUGAGGCGGCACAUCGUCUGCGAGCUCUACAACCAGGGCCUCGACCUCCGGGCUGAAGAGGUGAUGUUGGAGGUGGAGGAUAAGGACGUGCUGGGCUCCCAGCUGCUGGUGCUGACGGGCCAGAGGCUGAGUUACUCGCUGCUCCACAGCCAGAGCCAGACGCAAGCUGCAAUGGAGCUGCUGGCCCGCCUGCCCCCCACCCUGUGCACGUGGCUCAAGGCCAUGGACCCCAGUGAGCUGCGGUGCCCCCUGGUCCCCCUGCCCCAGACCAGCAGGCUGGUCGGCCGUCUGAUUGAAAUCCUGCCGGAGAACCACGCCCAGUACAGCCUGGCCCUGCACCUUCUUGAGGCUGUGGAUGCCCUCACCACUGAGGACUGAACCUGAGAGGGGAGGGGGAGUGGUCACCUUUUGAGGAGUGGUCAUAGUGAUGGAGCGACGGGAAGGAAACAACAAAGAAAUGAAAAUGUGUGCUGCAGACUGAUGGAGGCAGGGAGGUGUUGUAUGUAUGGUGCCUGCAGAUAGGACCCCCCCCCCCCCCCACACACACACACACACACACACACACACACACACACACACACACACACACACCCACACCCCUAUCUAAUCAAAACACUUCAGUAUUGUGGUGUCCAGAAGUCCCAUCAGCGUGUGACAGACAGUCCACAAAGAGGACGCUGAUGAACGUCCGUCUCCCUCUCGUCCGCCGUUGAGACGGAGACGUCGUCGUGGUGAUGCGACACGACUUAACUGUAGUCGGCCGUGGGUGGAUGUGAUAGGCUUUUAACUUUUUUAAUCCACAUUUUUGGCGCAUGUGACAUAAAUGAUAAUGGAUACUUGUGUUAUUGAAGAGUGUUGUCGGAAUAUGUUUAUGAGAUGGUUAUUAAGGAACGGGGCAUGUCUUUUCUUUGUCACGUCUCCAUCAUGUUCACUCCGAGUGUGUUGGUGUCCUAACUGUGCCAUAUCGACUUCUGUUUGACGUUUCUCCUUCCUCUUUAUCUUUCCCUCUCACGGACAAGAGAUGUAUCAUAAAGAAAUAUGGACCUUAUUUUUUAUUUAUAUAUAUAUAUACGCAGACAGUACUAGCUGUGCCUGUAAACCUCCGGCUCUGUAGUCCAGCUGUUCCCACUGGGCUGACCCAUUGCAGAAUAAAGAGGUUUCUCUAAAGUGUCUUGUACGAGUUACUGUAUGCCAUUAUUAGGUCAUAACAAAAGUAAAAUAGUUGUAGUAUAGUGUCAUAAUAUAGUAUGUAAUGAAAAACUCAUGAUAUAGUUUGUUAAUAAAAAAAGUCAUUAAGUUGAGACGUUAAUAUAGUAAUACAAUAACUUUGCUAUAGAUGUGGUCAUAAAGUCAGGGUAUUAUUGUAAGUAAAAAAAGUUGGUCUCAAAUAAUGUCAUAAAACCUUAGUAUGGUUUGUCAAAAUGACAUCAUAAAAAGUCAAAUAGUAUGUCAUAGAAAUAUGAGAUGGCAGCAAGAAUGUCAAAUGUCA